UGUUACGUAGAUUUCAGAGGGUGGAGCCCACGGGGUCCAGGCCUUUCAAUUGGCUUUUAGAUUUGCACUAUGUCGUGGGGGUAUCUCUAAUCAUAUUCAGCAUGUUCUGCACAAGAAAUGUCAGCCAGAAAGGGCUACCUUCUCCCUUCGCCAAAUUAUACCACAACAAUGUCAUGCUCCGACAGCCCAGCUGCGAACUCGUUUUUAGUUGACUCUCUGAUCAGCCCGCGGACUGAAAGCAGCGGCGCCUUCUAUCAAGGGAGCGGCGUGGCUUUGCCCGCAGGCUCAGAGUUGUCUUACCACGGACUACCGAACUGUGGGUUUUUUCCAGCAUUCGGAAAACGGCACGAGACGAACUCUCAAAACAUGGUCUCUACGUCCAGUCCAUACAUGGGCGGAAUGGAUAUGUGGUUGGAAGCGCCGAGAUCGUGCCGCAUGGAUCAGCCCGCGAGGCAGCAGGUCACCCCGUGCUCAUUCUCUCCGAACAUUAAAGAAGAAAACGCAUACUGCCUCUAUGAGUCGCAGAAGUAUACUAAAGCGUCCGGCGCAGAAGACCUGUCCUACUCCAAGAUGACUCCAGGCUCGUGCGCGGUGAGCAGCAGCGGCACAGUUCCUGUACCUGGCUACUUCCGAUUGUCCCAGACGCACGCGCACGCUAAGGUUUAUGAAGGUGUCCCGUCGAACCUGAGCAACUUCGGCCUGCAGCCCCAAGUCAGCUUCGACACCUCACCUUCAUCUUCAACAUCAGCAGAGGCUGGCAGGAAGGGGAGCGAGGAGACGUCUUCCAUAAGUCUUGCCUGCCCUCAGCAAAGAGAGGAACAGACACAAGUGUCAUCUGCGACGGAAUCAUCUUCACCGGAGCCACCAGAAAACGACAAGGAGAUCCCCGCGAAAGCCACAAAAGGAGAUACAAAAAGUGAAAACGCAGCCAACUGGCUAACAGCGAAAAGUGGCCGGAAGAAACGGUGCCCCUACACCAAGCACCAGACUCUGGAGCUCGAGAAGGAGUUCCUCUUCAACAUGUACCUGACUCGCGAGCGUCGCCUAGAGAUCAGUCGCAGCGUCCACCUGACUGACAGACAAGUCAAAAUCUGGUUCCAGAACCGCAGAAUGAAACUGAAGAAAAUGAGCCGCGAACACAGAAUUCGAGAGCUUACGUCUAAUUUUAAUUUCUCAUAAGUAUUUGUGUAUUUAUGCGCUCCUUGAUGGCUUCCGCCUUCCAGGUUGCGACGAGUGCAGAAACGCUCCAAUGUUUCUAUAGGCUGCUGUUAAUAGCUACACAUUUUUCGUUAAUUAUAUGUUUAUAAUUUUCCUGUUGCUUUUCGUUUUUCUUCAUCUGUUUGCGUGUUUAUCCUGUUAUAAUAUUUUUCGUAAGGAAAAAGUGUCUACUGAAUGUAAAAUUUAAAUGCGCUCUUGGUUCAGAGCAUAAGCGAUAACAAAGAUGGCUAAAGAAAAUAUAGCCUGGUCUUGAAAACACAAAUCUGGAUUUUGACAUGUCGAUGCUUUACUGUAAUGAGAGAUUUGACAAAUUUUAGUGAAAUGAGAAAUUCUGCAUGGUUAAACUAAAAGAGGAGCAUUUCGGAUAUAUUUUCUAAGCAUUUAGGAAUGUGAAAAACACUGAAUGAACACCAUCAUCAGCACAUUUAAAAGGAAAAAAAAAACACAUCAUAGAUCAUUAAAUAUACACUGCUUACAUUUUUGACAGAAAAGCCAUCUGAUGUAGAUAUUCUUGUAUAUCCCGUUUUGUGAGGCUGUAUAUAUCGUUUCUAAUUAUUCGAUUUAAGAAAAAUAACAUAUGUAGAAAUUAAACAUUUUAUGCAAAAAGGGCAUUUUAUGCUGGAGUUAAAAUAAGUUAGAUAGAGGGCAACAAUCGAUAAACACUGUGAAAACCAGCUGAAAAUAUGUGAAAUUUUACUGUGUAAAUAGAAGUAAGGUUGUUUUCGUUUAAUGGUGGCUUGUGUAUUGCGUUGUUAAUAAAUUAU